UGUGAGGAGCCGGAGCCGGGCCGGGCCGGGCCGGGGCCAUGGCGGAGCCGGGCUUCGUGCGGACGCUGGAGAAGCGGGACGGCUCGGCGCUGCGGCUGCAGCAGCGCGGCGCGGGCGGGGUGGGCUGCGUGGUGUGGGACGCCGCCCUGGUCCUGGCCAAGUUCCUGGAGCGCGGGGCCCCGGGCCGGGCCCUGCACCGCCGCGCCGUGCUGGAGCUGGGCGCGGGCACCGGCGCCGUGGGCAUCAUGGCGGCCACGCUGGGGGCAGAUGUUACGGUCACUGAUCUUGAGGAACUUCAGGAUUUGCUGAAUAUUAAUAUUGAAAAGAACAAGCAUCUUGUCACAGGCUCAGUUCAAGCCAAGGUACUGAAAUGGGGUGAAGAUGUAAAAGAAUUUCUGCCUGCACCAGAUUAUAUACUUAUGGCUGACUGCAUUUACUAUGAGGAGUCAUUAGGGCCAUUACUGAAGACCCUGAAAGACCUGUCAGGUCCUGAUACCUGUAUCAUAUGUUGUUAUGAACAAAGGACUAUGGGUAAGAACCCGGAAAUAGAGAGAAAAUACUUUGAGCUGCUCCAGAUGGACUUUGAGUUGGAAAAGGUUCCACUGGAGGAACAUGAUGAGGAGUAUCGGAGUGAGGACAUUCACAUCUUGAACAUCCGAAGGAAAAAAUCAGAAUUUCCCAUCGUGAGAUCUUUGACCAUAUUAUCUGAUCCUCUGGAGAGAAGAGAGCGUGUCAAUUAAUUCAAAGAGGCUGUCUCCAAAGCUGUUCAUGGCAAAAUUUACAGAAUGUCUUCUAGACGGCGGAUUCAGGAUGAGACAUAAGGAGACAGAGGGUCAUUUGCUAUAGAACCACAGGCAGUGUCCGUCUUAGAGGACAAACGAGAUCUGUUAAUAUUGACAAAGCAGCCUCACCAAGAGAGAGCUAAAAAUGGGACUGAAAUGUAAUCUAGACUGAUGUCCUGUUCCAUUCAUCUGCAUGGGCCAUCUGUCUAGAUGGGAGGGCCACACUGGUGAAUUGGAGACACAUUCAAUGUGCUGAGUUCAAACAAUCAGAUCCAAGCGUUCCAUAACAAAGCCUGCCUGAACAGGGGGGCGUGCAGGAAGCUGAAGGUCACCCACUUUUCCCGAAGAAGAAACUCCUUAUCCUGACUGAAUUUCACCUUAAAUUAAGAGCAGAUGUCUAUGUAUACUUCAUAAAGAGUUUGUACUUGA